CGAUACUCCGAAAUUUACACCAAAACCGAAGCCCAAAUCCGUCACUUUCAAAAAAAUACAAAUAGUAGUAUUAUUUUUAGAGAGAGAAAAUAGUUUUUUUUGGUGUGCGUGUUUUAGAGAGAGAAAGUAGUGUUAAGCUAGCAGUACAGAGAUUCAUAAUAAACAGACUCGUGGAGGCUCUGCUGGUGCGAUGCGUGGACGACAGGUGACAUGCAAUGGCGGAUCUCUACCUCCUAUAAAACCCUAACCGUUUGAUUCAUAAUAUUAUUACACAGAGACACUCUUCGUGGAGAUCGAUCUCGCGAUUCUGUAAAUACUCUGGAAAUGGCGACGGAGGUGGCGAAGCUGCUGUAUAUAGUGGUGAUGGAUGAGGAAGUGAAAGGAAAAGAGUCGUUUAGGUACACGCGUCCGGUUUUGCAGAGUACUCUGCAACUCAUGGGAUGUAAAGCGCGUCAUGCUUUUAAGAUUAGCAAAAGGGUUUUUGAACUGAUGAGAAGUGAAUCUUCAGGAGAUGCUCUACUUCCUAAACUGGAGGUAACUGGAGUUGAUGUUGCAAAAGGAAAUGAGUGGAAAGAAUUUAGUAGCAAGAGUUUACCAUUUGAGCUAUACAAACGGCGGACAACUGUAAUUGUUAGAAGAGAAACUUUCUUAAAUGUUGUUUGCAGUUCGUUGACCGAGUAUAAGUAUGUGGGUACUAACCAGAGGGCAGACUUGGUUUUGGCAUGCAGAAUUCGAGAAAGGAAGGAAUCUGUGACUGUGUUGCUUUGUGGAACUAGUGGUUGUGGAAAAUCUACUUUGUCCGCCUUGCUGGGUAGCAGAUUAGGAAUUACGACAGUGAUAUCUACUGACUCUAUUCGGCACAUGAUGAGAAGUUUUGUUGAUGAGAAGCAGAAUCCUUUACUAUGGGCUUCAACUUACCAUGCAGGAGAAUACUUGGACCCUGUGGCAGUUGCUGAGGCAAAAGCUAAAAGAAAGGAAAAAAAAUUAGCUGGGAUUGCAAAUGCACGACCUAAGGAUGAAGUUUCUGAUGGUUCUACUACGGUGAAAUCUGACGGUGAAUCACCAGAUGCAGGGGUCAGUACAGCUGAACUGAUUAGUUCUAAACAAAUGGCAGUUGAAGGAUACAAGGCACAAAGUGAAAUGGUUAUUGACAGUCUAGAUCGUCUAAUAACUGCUUGGGAAGAGAGGAAAGAAUCAGUGGUUGUUGAGGGUGUUCACUUGAGCCUUAAUUUUGUAAUGGGGCUUAUGAAGAAACAUCCUUCAAUCAUACCCUUCAUGAUAUAUAUUACAAAUGAAGACAAACACAUGGAACGAUUUGCUGUCCGAGCAAAGUAUAUGACGUUAGAUCCAGCUAAAAAUAAAUAUGUAAAGUAUAUAAGAAACAUCAGAACAAUCCAAGAUUAUCUAACCAAACGGGCCGAUAAACAUCUCGUCCCGAAAAUUAACAACACGAAUGUUGACAAGAGUGUGGCAGCCAUUCAUGCAACAGUUUUUAGCUGUCUUCGUAGGCGCGAGACAGGAGAGCCGCUUUAUGAUCCUACAACAAAUACUGUUUCUGUUGUUGAUGAAGAAUAUAGAAACCAAUGUGCUGCCAACUCAUUGAGCUCUAAAGGAAUGUAUCAACUUAUUCAGAGGAAAGGUUCAUCACGGCAUCUAAUGGCUCUUGUUAAUACUGAUGGGUCUGUGGCAAAGGCCUGGCCUGUUGAUUCUGUGGAUAGAAAUGGGAAUCCUAUAUUGGGCCAUGGGAUUGGCGGUGGAAGAGGGAUCCCUAUGUAUGGACCAUUGCAGAUUGGUAAGGCUGAACCAAUUAAUCUUCAGUUCGGCCACUUCGGAAUCAGUGCUUGGCCGAGUGAAGGUGGUACCAGUCAUACUGGCAGUAUUGAUGAAUCUCGGGCUGAUGGGACUGAUACUGGAAGUAAAUACCACUCUUCUUGCUGCAGUUCACCUCGCAUGUCGAUAUCCGAUGGGCAUUCAAAGGAGCUAAAGGAGGAACAAUCUGUGCAUGGUAGUGAUGAAGAAGUUGACGACCCACCGGAGGUGGACAGUGAUGAGGAUUUUAGUGACGAUGAGGAUCACCACGUGGAUGAAGAGGUCGGCUCAGUUGAUGAGGAGUCCACAAAAUCUGACGAAGAGUAUGAUGAUCUAGCAAUGCAAGAUGUACACGAAAAUGGUUAUUGGUCGGAUGACAACGACGAGUCCAAAGAUGAGGUGCCGCCUAUUUCUGCCGGCCGCCUCUCAAGUCCUCAGAAAGGAGAUAAGUACACUCAAAAUCUAGACCGCUUCAUUAGAUCUAGAAGCGAGCCACUUGGUGAGCCGUUAUGCGCAUACUCUUCCCUGCUUGCGGUAAAGGGUGGGAGGGGAGUGGCCGAUACCGGUAAUGUGAAAAUGAGAAAACGCUCACUAAGCAUUCCGGCCAUCGGAAAACAUGGGUCUGCAGUUAGUGAUCCCAUCCUUUCUGGAGCUCCGUAGAUAGGCAAAGAAUUUUAGUUGUUUUUUUUAAGCAGUUAGUUAGUUGAGGGUAAUAUGGCGAUCAAUCCAUUAAUAUUCAUAUUGAUUGCUGUUGAAUGACUUUGAACGGUUCGACUAUGUGAGUUGAUUGUUCUUGGUGUAAGCAAUCAUGUAAAGUGAAAAUUGUUUAAAUUAAUAAGAUAAAUGGAUUCUUACGCAGCCAAAAAACUAAAUGAUAUUUACA